UCCUCCUCUUUAAAAAUAUUUCUCCAUAUUAUUAAGGCUUUUUAAGGCUUUGGAAUUUCAAUAAAGAAUCACGUUUUCAGCAAUUUUGUUUUCCACGUUCAUCUUCAAAAGGAAAUGGCACGACGACAACAAGAUCAAGCUACUAUGUUCAGAGAUUUACUAAUGGCAGUGCAAGACUUGGGCAGGCAGCAGGCUCAAGCGGUACCUCAUAAUGCAACAGGAGGUGCCAACACCAUGAGCUCAAUUGUUGAACAGUUUCGUCGCUUUAAACCUCCGUCCUUUGAUGGUAAAGGUGAUCCUUUCACAGCUGAGGAGUGGCUGAGAAGACUUGAAGGGAUCUUCGAGCACAUGAACUGCAAUGAUGCUCAAAAGGUUUCUUGUGCAAAGUUUAUGUUGACUGAUGAUGCUGGACAUUGGUGGGAGUCUGAAACACGUACUAGAACUACAAAACAACAACGUAACCUCACUUGGAACCAGUUCAAGGAGUCGCUGAUAGGUAAAUAUUUUCCCCAGUCAUUGAAAGAUCAAAAGGAGGUAGAAUUUCUCCAGCUCACGUAUGCACCACAUAUGGUGAACACUGGGCUGACAAAGGCUAAAAGGUUUGAGAGGGGGUUAAGGCCAGAGAUCAAGGGAAUCAUGGCAGCCCAGCAGUAUACUACUUAUGCAGAGGUUGUACGUCAAGCACAAGCAAUCUCUAAUGGUUUAGGACUGGAAAAGAAAACCCAACCCAGCACCGAGUCGUCUAUAAAGAGAAAGUGGCAAGGUCAUGAUAAGGAGAAAGGUAGGAACCAGAAUAAGAAAGGAAAGAUUGGGUCAGACUCAAAUAAAACUUUUCCUCAAUGCUCCAAUUACAACAAGCGACACUUGGGUGAAUGUCUUCAGGGAAAGGGAGUAUGCUACAUUUGUGGUAAGAGUGGUCAUUUCCUCAAAGAAUGUCCAGAGAAGAAGAGAGAAGGUGACCAACUUAAGAAGGGAAAGGCCAGAGUAUUUGCUUUGAUAGGAGAAAAGGAGGAUCAUAACACAGACGUAAUAACAGGUAUGUUACCAGUAUCUGACGUACCUGCUAUUGUCCUUAUGGAUUCUGGAUCCACUCAUUCAUUUAUUUCUACAAUUUUCAUGGAUAAGAUUGGGAGUGAAUUCGUAAAAAUGAAUAACAUUUUAGAAGUUAAUACACCCUCAGGCGAAGUGGUUAAUACCAAUCAAAUGGUUAAAGAUGUUAAGUUAGAGAUCAAAGGAAAAGUACUAAAGGCAGAUUUGUACCUUUUGAGGAUGAAAGACUUUGAUGUAAUUUUGGAUAUGGACUAG